AUGAACAUAAUAAAAAAGAAAUUAAUAAAUUUUAUAAUAUUAAAAAAAUGGUUACAUAAUGACUUACGAUUUAUAAAUAAUUAUAAAAAUAUAGAAAACUGUUUAAAUGAUAUAAAGACAAAAGGGAAAGAUGUUAACAUAUUAAGUUUAGUAAUAAGUAAUAAUAAUUUGUGUUAUUGUUUAUUAAAAAACAAAAUUAUUAAAAAAAUAGGAUUAAUUAACAUAAAAAAGGACAUUUUUUCUUAUAAUGAAAAUUCUAUUAACACAAAAAAACAAAGAAAUUAUACCGAAAAUGUAAACUUAAGAUAUAAUUAUGAUAAAGAAGAAAGUCCUUUAAGCUUUAAUAUUAGAGAAAUUUUGACAAUUUUAAAUUUUAUCAAAUUAUAUUCAAAUACCGAAGAAAGUGCUUUAAAUGAACAAGGAUUUCAAAAUAAUAAAAACAAUAAUGUAGAAAUAAUUAACAGUGAAAGAUUAAGUGAAAAUAUAAAUAAAAAUGAACACAUUAAUGUAAAUGAAUUUGAUACUUUAAAAAAUAACUCUUUAAAAAAAAAAGAAGAAUGGAUUAUAGGUAUAGAAAAAGUAAAUGAAAAAUACGAAAAAAAUAGAAUAAAAGAAAAAAUAUUGUCUAUUAUUGUUUAUUUUAUGCAAUCUAUUUUUAAGUGUAAAAUAAUUUUUUUUUGUCCCAAAGAAGCAAGAAAAUAUUUUAGUAAUAAAUGUAAUUAUAAUUUAACAAAUAGAGAAGAAGCAUAUAAAUACAUAAAAAACAAAAUAAAAGAUUUUCCUAGUGUUGAUAAAAAUGAUAAUAGUUUAAAUUAUUUAUUUAGUGAUUGCUAUAUUAUAUCAUUUUAUACAUACAGAUAUUAUAUGCAUGAACUUAUAAAAAGUAAUAGAAAAAUUUUUAAUUACUUAGAAAAAGAAGUUAGAAAAAAUAAAAGCCUUAAUAAUAUUUUACAAACAUUAAAAAAAACAGAAAAUGAAAAAUAUAAACAAGAUUUGAGAGACUUAUUAAAAGAUAGGAUAAAUAGAAUUAUUGAAAAUGAAGCAUAUAAAUUAGUAGAUAAACAUAUUGUUUAA